AUGAAUUGCACCAGAGAAGGUGACGGGGAAUACUCGGAUGAUCCGGCUGUGACUACACUGAGUAACCUGAUCUUACUGGUCUUCGUGAGUCGGUAUGAGAAACCAGCAAACUUCUAUAAUCAGACAGAAUGGUUUCUACCCAGAGAUAGAGCCCCUGUGCCACGGAUCCAGACGGUCAGACAAGAGCCAGUUGCCAAAAGUCGCAAUGUGCAUCACCGCCGCCGGACGACGGCCGCCCGCAGGCGUCCAGGAGAAGUCGAGAGUGGUGUCCCUCCACUGGAGAGCCUGCCAGACUGCCAUAGAGAUACAACAUUGAUUGCCCAGCCAGUAACUGUGCCCGAGAAAAAGGAUCGGCCAAUUAAGAGACCCGCAGGAGACCUUGCCAUAAAAGCAGACAAUAGUGUGUAUCCUGAGAAAAGGCUCCGAUCAUCCUCGUUCACAUUCAGGCCGACCCAGUCCUCUACCGACACAGAUCAUAAUGUCUUGGAGAAACGCGUCCGCUCCUCCUCCUUUACUGUUCUGACGAGCUUCCCCCCGAAUCAGCCUGUGCUGAAGAACAAUGUAUUCAUGACGUCCACACUUCUGCAGGAGCAGGAAAGCAGCACCAGAGCAGGAAACAUUCACCCCUGGGCGGUGAUUAAACCCGCAACGCUGCCGCCUCCGCCAGUGACCGUCUGCAGAGAUGUGGAGACAGACGCUGCCGCCGCCACACCAGAAAACAAGCAGCAAGAAGAAAAAAGCAACCCUCCAGUAAGCAACGCCGAUGAGCCGAAGUCUUCUACUGGAUCUACAUGCUUCUUGGACAUUGCAACCAGGAUGCAGCUUUUUCAGCAGCGGUUUAUGCCACAGAAAUACAAUGUCGAUUUUGUUUUCGGAGAGAACAUGGAGAAAAGAGUCAUGAGCCCCAAGAGGCCGAUGGCGUCUCAGACCAGCACGAUCAAGAGGGAAAUGCCUUCCACUAGAGUAUCUUGUAACAGGAAUUGGCCCUAUCAAAGACGCAUAUCGCAUAGAAGCCUCAUAGAGUCCGCCGCAGCGUACACCUCCAGGCCCAAGCUGAAGUACGAACUGGACCAAGUGGAUAUUGUCACAGGAGAAGAGUCUGACCGCAACGUGCUGCAAGUUAACUGCAAGCUGUUUGUGUUCAACAAGGAGAAGCAAGUGUGGACAGAACGAGGACAUGGCUACCUAAGACUCAAUGACACAGCCAGCAGCGGCACCGGGCAGCUCCGAUCACGAAUAGUGAUGAGAAACCACGGGAACCUGAAACUGAUCCUGAACAGUAAAAUCUUUGACGGAAUGAAACUCGAGAGGGCGAACAGAAAAAGCGUGCGCCUCACCGCCACGGAUCUGGCGGACAGCAGUGUCAGGAUAUUUCUAGUGCAGGCAAGUGUAAAGGAUGCCGCUCGUCUCUACGCAGCGAUACAUCACCGUCUGAUUGCGCUAAAGAGACAAAGGGACCUGGAGCAGGAGCCGAGCAGCCCGAAGUCAGAAGCCGAGGAAGACUCGCAUAUACAGCUACUGAACAGUGACAGUGAAGAUGAGGAGGAUGAUGAAAUGCUGCUGUAUCCCAGCAAGAUCUCCGACCAUCACCAGUGGAUCCGGCGACAACCCGUCCUGUACUCCUGACAAUCAGCCUGCCUUCCCACAAUUCAUCAGCCUUGCAUCUUCGUGCUCUAAGGAGGUAAUCGCUCCAGAAGAUACACAGCUCUGCAAACCAUAAACCUGUGGUGGACGGAAACCACGGACUACGACUCUCAAUGUGAACAAUGGCCAGGUCCAAGGUCAUGCCUCCUCAUCCGUGUUGCAUACUUACAAUACACCUCUCCAGGAGUCAAGGCUGCAAAAUGAUUAGAACAAUGCAAAUACCUCAAGCACUAGGACUCUGAAGGCACCUUUCCAUUUGUGAAAUCGAUCCUGCGAUGAGCAUUCCGGUUUCCACCCAUGAUCCGACUGUCAGCCUGCAGGUGCCGCCCUCCGCGCCUCUGCUUUGGGAAUCUGUUGCAUGUACGGACUUGAAGUCAAGCGGGGAUCAUGCAUCUCAUUAACGGAUCCAGUUUACUUUUUCUACGCAGGGUUUUUAAUAUAAUGAAUAUCACUGGGGGAUACCUUAUCGUUGUGGGGGGGCACCCUUCUAAUGAAAAGACUCAAAAGCGGAAACCCUCUUUAAUGGACAAAUGCUCAUUACAGUGGGCGUUUUCCUUAUCAUAUUUGACGUCAAUUACGGGACUGAAAUUUGUUGGACAAUUGCUAAUAGGGCAACUCCUGGGGCUUCACUUUAAAGGUUUUAAGAGCUCAUUGUAAACUAUAUAUAUAUAUGUAUAUCUAAUCUUAUGUAUAUUUUAAAUGGUCUUAUAAGUAAAUAUAUAUUUCUAUUUUA